GCUUGGUUCAAUUCACCGGCCCCGCUGCAAAUCGUCGCAGCUGACCCUGACUGCGAGUGCACACUGACAUCGCCCUCACAGCUUCACCGCCCGCGACACUAUUGCUACUGCUAUUGCUAUUCCAAACAAGAUGCUCGCCCUUCGUUGACAUGGCCACUCUUUCUCCUGACGUACGCGAUUCUACUCUCAAGUCGCUCAAACUGACCUGCCCCUCCGCCGAGGUCAUUCACCCUCCAUCCUCCCAAUCCCAAUCCUCCGACGACAUGCCUCCCACCGAGCAGCAGGGCUAUCCGUUCCCAGAAGUAGGCGACGAGUGGUCCGACGAGGAAGUCCUGAUCCCCAGGCAAAGACGAAAGACGCAGUACAUACCACCAUCGAUGUUUGAAAAGAUUACAGCCACCUCGGCAGAAUCAUCUUCAGAAGAUUCAAGCACCCCAUCACCCCGUCCCCAGCGAUCUGGCGGAAAAGUCAGCCCGAAUGUGCCCCUCAAGAGCCCGUCACGGCAGAGCGCAUCGCGAGGGAACAGCCAAGAUGAGCUGGUCCAGCGCUUCUACCAGCUUACAAAAGAGCGUGAUGCGCUGAGGAAGGAGCUACAGCGGAAGAGCAUGGGUGCUAAUGGCACCUCGACCAGAGGCUCCAAGCUGUACAGGACAGAAGAGGAUACACUGAUAGAGGAGCUCUUCGCGCUACGCCACGAGAUACGCAAUUGGAGUGAAGAGUACUUUAGCGGUCCCAUCAAAACCUCAAGCAAGCGACCCUAUCUUACUAGAGCGGGAGAGCUCUUUGGGAACCUCACCGACAACUACCACGUCUAUCUAAAGGACCCCGAAGACCGGCCCCUUCUUAUACAAGCAUAUGUAUGGAUGCGGUUACAACAAAAGAUUUUCAACAAUUGGCAAAAAGGGAGUGGAUACGUUUGGGCAGGAAAGUUGGGCGACAAGAAAUUACGAGAUAUUAAUGAUACGCUACGAAAGGCCGUCAAGAACGAAGCCGAAGCCGAAGAGUACCACCGAUGGCGCUCGCUGACCGUGAACCUCCUCGUCCCGCAAGUCGACGGCAAAUGGCGCCCUACAUUUGACGCAACACCCGUGCUAAAACAAAUAUCCCGCUUCUGCAGCCGCAUGCGCCACAAGCUACGCCCAUGGGCUACCCGCUCCCUUAGCACAGGCAAGGAGCAACUAGGAACAAUCGUCUCGGCGUCCGUAGCCCUAGAUCUCAAAAUGAAGCGUCAGCGCGCCGACUACCGCUUUGUCACUUUUACCGGCGGCAAGAAAGAUCAGUACUGGGGCUACGGCUAUUACGACAGCGAAAUGGAAGACGUCUACGACGAUGACUCGGACGACAUGGGCGGUGGCUACGGCAGCAGUGAUAACCCCCGCGGCCGAAGAGUAGAGCUUGCACUUGCGCCUGCGCUUGAGAGAUGCGGAAAUGCAAAUGGACACGUUUUUGACCAGAGUUUUAUGUUGGUCAAGGCAGAUGUUAGUUGUAAGAGAUUGGAAAAGCGAAGGAAGCCGCAGCCUAGGCCGAGAGGUGGUGGUGGGGGCAGUGUAGCAGGCGGGAGGGGUGCUAAUAACCGCUUCAGUGGGUUUUGGGGUCGGUGACCUUGCCUUUUUCCUUCUUCUUUUUCCUUUCCCCCGCAUCUUCUAAGACUUUGUUGGCAGUUUGCCCUGCAUAUUCGAGCCUACCUUGUGCAUUUGCAGUAUUAUACCCUCGACCUCCUCUCCAUAUCAUAUCUUGCCUUUGUCUCGGUUUAGCCCUGCAUCAUAAUGCCCUUUAAAAAUGUGUAGUUCUGUGUAAGAUGGUUUUACUUAGUCAAUUGAUUUCUAUUCAUAUCUGAGCAUAUUUCUCGUGGCAUCGGAA